AUGGGUUGUAGACGAGUGAGAGUGGUUGAAUAUCAUAAACUUCUAGAGCCGGAUCAUUUCUUCCGAUAUGGUCGUCCAAAAAUAGAACCGCCUGGAAUCGAUUUAACAUUUCGUCUCCCAUUGGAUAAAACCUUGGUCUUUCUUAUCUUCCUAUCUGCUAUAGGGGUCAUAAUACACUUUACAUAUGCCUAUCUCCAUUUGCCUCCUUUCCCACCGCUGCCAGUUAAUGCAACUACAGAUUGUGCUUUUCUUCGAGGCGCCUGGAAUGCUGAGCAAACUGUUCUACGAUUUUACUCUAUCCCAUAUGCGAUUCCUCCACUUGCUAAACCAGAUGAAGGAACGCUAGAUGUUUUACAAGAAUAUUUCCAUACAGUAGGUGGAAAGCCAUCUUUACGUUGGAAAACACCUCAUAAAUUAAUCGGCUUUGAGGGUUGUAUUCUGGCCCACAAUGAUAGAUGCACUUUUAAACGUGGUCGAUGGACUUGUGACCUGAGUAAACCUCGACCAUUCAGUUCAUGUGUUCCUCCAAGAACAGAGGGAAGAGUUGAAUCCAUGAAUCCAGAAUACCUAUUUCAAAAUGAGAGAUGUCUCCAAGUAGACAUUGCUGUUCCUCUAUUUGAAGGAAGUCUAAAACCAGUAGUCAUUGUAAUUGCAGGAUUUCAGUACCUUGCUGAGCCCAUGGUAACUCCUGAUUCUCCGCGGCCUGCCUACUGGCCUUCAGACGAAACAGUUAGUGAUACCGACGCGGUCUGGGUCUACUUGCACUAUCGUCUGGGUCUUGCUGGUUUCUUCUACAAUCUUACGCAUACGCGAUCCAAAAGCAAAGAUAAACAGCAGCUGUCGCAUGAAAACUUUGCACUUAAAGACCAAUUAGAAGGCUUGAGAUGGAUCAAGACGCAUAUUAAGCAAUUCGGUGGUGAUCCUAAAAGAAUAACAGUCUUUGGAAUCGCUUCGGGAGCAACAAGCGUUCUCGCACUGAUGAAAAUGAAAAAUAAAGGCGAAGAUCUAUUUCAACAAGCUUGGCUUUCAAGCGGGGCUGUCCACUGGCACAGUGAACGCGAUAAGUCACGCCAUGUAAAUAUCGUAGAUAAGGUGUUUGGUGAAAUCGCAAAUAAUCACAUUGGAACCCACUGCAAACCUACAAGUCCGGGAUUUGUAUUAAAUGCUUGCAAAUUAAAAGACAUUGAACAAAAGCUGAAUGACAUUCCCUUGCAAAUUAUUAAUUCUCUUAUAGCUGAUAAUUUUAAAGACGAAAAUUUAAUUGGGGAAUUUAUUAACUCUGCGAACGAAAGUGGCCGUGGUAUGGGCUGGAUUUAUGCGGAAUCCAAUUCAGGAGAUAUUCUUCCCCCGAAAUACUGGACGGAUGACGAAUUAGAUUAUAUUUUCAUAAAUGGUAAGUAA